GCUGAGGGUCUUUGCCGUGCACCCAGAGACAGCUGGGUGACAAAUCACCUCCAGGUUGGGGAUGCCUCAGACUUGUGAUGGGACUGGGCAGAUGCAUCUGGGAAGGUCCUGGUGGUGACUCCAACCCUGCCCUCACAUAUCCCAAGAGCAGGCUGACUGCCUUCCCCAUUCCCACCUUUCCAGUAACUGCUGCAAGAACGGACAGACACUGCUGCAGAGAACUUGCCCCGGUGUUUCAUGCUGUGGCUGGUGGUUCCAGGCUGCACGCUCCAUUCUAGGAAAGGGCUGGACCUUGGAGAUUGAGGCCCUGAGGCGAGACAUGGGCACCUGGCUCCUGGCCUGCACCUGCAUCUGCACCUGUGUCUGCUUGGGAGUCUCUGUCACAGGGGAAGGACAAGGGCCAAGGGCUAGAACCUUCACCUGCCUCACCAACAACAUUCUCAGGAUCGAUUGCCACUGGUCUGCCCCAGAGCUGGGACAGGGCUCCAGCCCCUGGCUCCUCUUCACCAGCAACCAGGCUCCUGGCGGCACACAUAAGUGCAUCUUGCGGGGCAGUGAGUGCACCGUCGUGCUGCCACCUGAGGCAGUACUCAUGCCAUCUGACAAUUUCACCAUCACUUUCCACCACUGCACGUCUGGGAGGGAGCAGGUCAGCCUGGUGGACCCGGAGUACCUGCCCCGGAGACACGUUAAGCUGGACCCGCCCUCUGACUUGCAGAGCAACGUCAGCUCUGGCCACUGCAUCCUGACCUGGAGCAUCAGUCCUGCCUUGGAGCCAAUGACCACACUUCUCAGCUAUGAGUUGGCCUUCAAGAAGCAGGAAGAGGCCUGGGAGCAGGCCCAGCACAGGGAUCACAUUGUCGGGGUGACCUGGCUUAUACUUGAAGCCUUUGAGCUGGACCCUGGCUUUAUCCAUGAGGCCAGGCUGCGUGUCCAGAUGGCCACACUGGAAGAUGAUGUGGUAGAGGAGGAGCGUUAUACAGGCCAGUGGAGUGAGUGGAGCCAGCCUGUGUGCUUCCAGGCUCCCCAGAGACAAGGCCCUCUGAUCCCACCCUUGGGGUGGCCAGACAACACCCUUGUUGCUGUGUCCGUCUUUCUCCUGCUGAUUGGCCUGACCUACCUCCUGUUCAAGCUUUCGCCCAGGGUGAAGAGAAUCUUCUACCAGAACGUGCCCUCUCCAGCGGUGUUCUUCCAGCCCCUCUACAGUGUGCACAAUGGGAACUUCCAGACUUGGAUGGGGACCCACAGGGCCGGUGUGCUGUUGAGCCAGGACUGUGCUGGCACCCCACGAGGAGCCUUGGAGCCCUGCAUCCAGGACGCCACUGCACUGCUCACUUGUGGCCCAGCGCAUCCUUGGAAAUCUGUGGCCCUGGAGGAGGAACAGGAGGGCCCUGGGACCAGGCUCCCGGGGAACCUGAGCUCAGAGGGUGUGCUGCCAGCAGGGUGUACGGAGUGGAGGGUACAGACGCUUGCCUAUCUGCCACAGGAGGAUUGGGCCCCCACGUCCCCGACUAGGCCGGCUCCCCCAGACUCAGAGGGCGGCAGCAGCAGCAGCAGCAGCAGCAGCAGCAGCAGCGACUACUGUGCCUUGGGCUGCUAUGGGGGAUGGCACCUCUCAGCCCUCCCAGGAAACACACAGAGCCCUGGGCCCAUCCGAGCCCUGGCCUGUGGCCUUUCCUGUGACCAUCAGGGCCUGGAGACCCAGCAAGGAGUUGCGUGGGUGCUGGCUGGUCACUGCCAGAGGCCUGGGCUGCAUGAGGACCUCCAGGGCAUGUUGCUCCCUUCCGUCCUCAGCAAGGCUCGGUCCUGGACAUUCUAGGUCCCCGACUCGCCAGAUGCAUCAUGUCCAUUUUGGGAAAAUGGACCGAAGUCUCUGGAGCCCUUGUCUGGGACUGAACCUCCUGAGAAGGGGCCCCUAGCAGCGGUCAGAAGUCCUGUCUGGAUGGAGGCUGGAGGCUCCUCCUCAACCCCUCUGCUCAGUGCCAGUGGGGAGGAACCUCUACCCUCAGCAUCCUGGCCACAGGUUCCUCCUUCUGUUGUCCCUUUUCUUUAUCCCUGGCCUCUCUGAGAAGUGGGGUGUGGUCUCUCAGCUGUUCUGCCCUCAUCCCCUUAAAGGGCCAGCCUGGGCCCAGUGGACACAGGUAAGGCACCAUGACCACCUGGUGUGACCUCUCUGUGCCUUACUGAGGCACCUUUCUAGAGAUUAAAAAGGGCUUGAUGGCUGCUCCAAAGUGUUGAUGGCUGGGAGAAGGGGCCAGAGGAGGAGUGAGGGGUGGGGUUUGUCCAGCCCUGGGCUUUCCGGGUUCUAGAGAUAGCACGGUGGAGGCUCAAUGACAGUUCUGGGGACAGCAAGGUGGAGGUUCAGGGGCAGCUUUGGGACAGCAGGAUGGAGGCUCAGGGACAGUUCCUGGGAGGCCAGCGCCCUCAUUCCUCCUUGUCCUCAUCCUCCCACUUGCUCCAGGAAACUGAGAGCUGAGGCUGGAGCUUCCAGGCAGUCAGGGCUGGAGGUGACCAUCCAGCAGUGAUGGUGGCCUGUGAAGGGUCCUGCUUCUGUCCUCAGCCUCUCAUGGGGUGGGCUUGGGGAGGAGCUGUGGUCUGGAGAGAGUGGCAGUUGGAGCAGAACAUGCCUGCAUUUGUUUCCUAGGGCUGCCGUAACAAAGUGCCACAAAAUGGUUAGCUUAGAACCACAGAGAUUUGUUGUCUCAGAAUUCUGAAGUCCAGAAUUUGGAAAUAAAGAUGUUGGCAGUGUUUCCAACCACAUGUUCCUGGGCUCCCAUGAAACAGAAGUUGAUAUGAGGCCAAGCAAGCUUCCCAGACAAGGCUUUAUUAAGUUUUAUUCCCUGAAAGGUUGGGCAGAAGAGAGACAGUGCAGGAGGAAGGAUUCUUGGCUGACUCCCCAAGGGGAAUGCAUUGUGGUAUCUUAAGGAGGGUGACAUACAUAAUUUAUGAGCUACGUGAGUGUCAUUACACGUAUGGGGUGGAGUGAAGGGUGCUCAGAUGCAUGCUAACACAUACGUUGCAUGAUCAGAAAAUGGCAGAUAAGCCCCUCCCUGGGUGAGGACUUUAGUAUUAUCAUAAGGCCAGGGUCAUUCUCCUGGCCUUGUGCACAUGCAGGUGAUAGAGUCAACUCCCGUGAGUAAGACUUAUAGUGGGAUGCUGCUUAUCUUAGUGUAUUUCAGACGGUUGGCAAGGUCUGGCCAGCGAGUAUGGCACCUGGAGGGUGGUGCUGCAAGGUCUGGUGGUCAGCGGGCAUGUAUGGAACAACACGUUAGUGGGGGUGGGCCGAGUCCCAUUUCUACUCUGUCUCAGCAGGGCCAUGCUCCCUCUGAAGGCACUAAGGAAGGAUUAGUAUCAGGCCUCUCUCAGCUUCUGUUGGUUUCUUGGCUUGUGACACCAAAGCUGUAAUCUUUUUUUUGUUUUGUUUUUGAGACGGAGUUUUGCUCUUGUCACCCAGGCUGGAGUGCAAUGGCACAAUCUCAGCUCACUGCAACCUGCGCCUCCCGGGUUCAAGUGAUUCUUCUGCCUCAGCCUUUGGAGUAGCUGUGAUUACAGGCGCCUGCUACCACGCCUGGCUAGUUUUUGUAUUUUUAGUAGAGACGGCGUUUCGCUAUGUUGGCCAGGCUGGUCUCAAACUCCUGAUAUCAAGUGAUCCGCCUGCCUCUGCUUCCCAAAGUGUUGGGAUUACAGGCGUGAGCCACCGCACCUGGCCAAAGUUCCAGUCUUUACAGGGCUUUUUCCUUGUGUGCAUUUCUGUGUCCAAAUUUCCCCUUUUUAAAAUCACAGUAAUAGUGAAUUAAGGCUGGCCCUAACGAUUUAAUCUUAACUUGAUCAUCUGCAAAGACACUAUUUCCAUAUAAGGUCACAUUCACAGCUCCUGGGGUUAGGACUUCAACCUAGAGGGCCUGACUGCUGGGCUUUGGACUGACAUUGGGAUCAUCUGCGUAGUUAGGGCUGUGACCAGACUGAGAUAGGAGGUGGGACCUGACUCCUGAGGCAGGGCUUGAACUCUGGACCAGAUUGCAGACUAGCUGAAACAGGCAAAAGCACCCCUCCAUAAGACACACCCACUGGUGCCAAAUGAGUUUGCUGUUCUCAUGGUAACACCUGGAAAUUACUGCUCCUUUCCAUGGCAAUGACCUGAAAGUUACCACCCCUUUUCUAGAAAUUUCUAAAUAACCUCCUCCUUAAUUUGCAUAUAAUUACAAGUGGGUAUAAAUAUGUGUGCAAACCUGCCUCUGAGCUGCUACUCUGGGCUCACUGCCUAUGGGGCAUCCCUGCUCCAUAAGGAGCAGUACCUCUGCUGCCACUGCACAUGGCUGCUUCAAUAAAAGUUGCUCUCUAAUACCACCGACUCGCCCUUGAAUUCUUUCCUGGGUGAAGCCAAAAGCCCUCCUGUGCUAAACCCCAAUUUCUGGGCUCACCUUUCCUGCAGCAAGAGUGUUUUGGGGCUGGGAGUGCUGAAGUUUUGAAGGCAGGAUGAAAUGGAGGCUGUUCGCUCCCUGGGCCCUGAGUUAUGGGGAGCAACUCUCUUGGCUGCUCUCAUGCUCCCUGCAACCUAAGCAGAAAGAAGUACCUGCAGCCUGAUGCCCCCAAAGGCAAAAGCCCCUUCUGGCUCACAUAGGCAGCCCUCCCACCCUGCAUGCCUGCAGAGCUUCUGGGGUUUUGCGGGGAGCCUCAGCAGAGCUGGAUCCUGGUCUGUGGGGGCGAGGCAGGCCCCAGAAUGUAUCUUUAGCAUCCAGAGUGGGAGGGGUGUGGACGGAAGCGAGGUACAGGCAUCCUCAGCUCUAACCAAGUAUAAAAAUACUAGUGUGAAUCCACUUCCUGGAGCUGGGCUCUGGGGAGCCCCGGGCUAGUGUAUUUAUAACAGGGGCUGUGUGGCUCAUGAGGCUCCAUGUGUGACCUGGGCUACCUCAUGAUCACACAAACAAACCCACGAUUGGGAUGCCUCUCCUUUGUGGCCUGGACACGUCUUCAUUCAACUCAUAAACUUUCCCUGAGUGGGCCCUAGAGAGCUGGUUCUGGGCUGGAACCUGAGUGUGAAGCCACUGGAGGCUGUGUAAUUUGUAGGUGAGUCACUCAGUCACCUAAGCCUGGCCCUCCCCUCUGCACAGGGCGCUAGCCAUACCUAGCAGACUGCUGUGAGUUCACCUGAGCAAGACACCUGCACACAGUGGUGCUCAGAAAAAGCUAAUAAUUCCUUAUUGGAAUGAGACAUGCCAGGCGUGGUGGCUCAUGCCUGUAAUUCCAGCACUUUGGGAGGCUGAGGCAAGCAGACUGCUUGAGCCCAGAAGUUUGAGACCAGUCUGGGCAACAUGGCGAAACCCUAUCUCUAUGAAAAAUACAAAGAUAAUUAGCUGGGCAUGGUGGUUCAGGCCUGUAAUCCCAGCUACUCGGGAGGCUGAAGUAGGAGAAUCACUUGAAUCCGGGAGGCAGAGGUUGCAGUGAGCCGAGAUCAUGCCACUGCACUCCAGCCUGGGCAACAAAGUGAGACUCCAUGUCAAAAAAAUAAAAGAGGCCGGGAGCAGUGGCACAUGUCUGUAAUCCCAGCACUUUGGGAGGCCGAAGUGGGUGGAUCACGAGGUCAGGAGUUCAAUAGCAGCCUGGCCAAGAUGGUGAAACUCCAUCUCUACUAAAAAAAAAAAAAAAAAAAAAAAAAAAAAAAAAAAAAAAAAAAAAAUUAGCCAGGCAUGGUGGCAAGUGCCUAUAAUCCAGCUACUUAGGAGGCUGAGGCAGAGAAUUGCUCGAACCCAGGAGGUGGAGGUUGCGGUGAGCUGAGAUUGCGCCACUGCACUCCAGCCUGGGAGACAGAGCGAGAGUCAGUUUCAAAAAAAAAAGGAAAAAAUAAAGAAAAGACCCCAGGACCAUACAUAUUUACAGCUCAGUAUUAACUAACCUUAACGAAAUAUGAUUUUAUUUAAAAUGGUCAAGGUAAAGGAAAAAAAAGAGUAGUGACUUUCUUCAAGUAAUUUUAUGUUGUAAUAUCAGAGCUUGAUACAGUUAAUACAUUUCAUCUAAUAUAGGAAUGAGAAUGCUUAUAAAGCAGACGUCAUUUUAUGUACCAUUACAAAUACACUGCCAAUUAAACAGACUUUCUCAACAAAAGACUGUUGUUGACGAGUUCACUUCCAUUAGACACACACAAUG